UUUCCAAACUCAUUUUCACUUGGUAAAUGUAUCCCAAACAACUUAAUCUACACGAUUGCCCCUCUAAUGCCCUUAAGACCAUGAAGAACGAGAAGGACCAAAAUGUGGAGAUCAAGGAGGUCAACAUGAUCGACAAGAGAGAAAGAGAAGAGGAAGAGGAAGAAGAGAGGAAGAUUGAUACGUUCUUUAAGCUUAUCAAAACGUAUCAAGAAGCACGAAAACGAAGACGUGAAGAGUUCACUGGGAACUCUGGCGAGGCGAGGAAGAAAUGGAACGGGGGAGAGAGAUCCUGCGUUGUGGUCCCGGCGUUUCUUCCGGAAGAUUUCUCUGAGUGUCGUAUGGAUUUGAAGCCAGUGAUGGUUGUUGCUGAUCACAAGGAAGAUGAUAUCAAGUUGAAAGAAGAGGAAGAUGAAGAAGCAAAGAAGGAGGGACAAGAAGAGACGGGUUUAGAUCUUAAUCUUGCAUUGUAGUAUAUUAAUCUAUUUUUUCUGUUCUUUUCUUUUAAUUUCUCACUUUCACUUAGGAUUUGGGACUUGACUUAUAAAUAUUUCAGUUUAACUCGAAAGUGUGUCCGAUCAAACUAAGCUGGAACAUUGGUCUCAAUAAAUCGCUAGACGGUACUUACUUUA